UAGCAGCAGCAGUUGUCAGUUUUUCUUGUGUGCUUGCGCCGCGUGUGUGUGUGCGCUGCCCACCGAAAGUUUUGUGAAUUAAUUGUUAAUAAUAAAAAUACAAAUAUUAUUGAUAAUUAUUGUCAAUAAUAACGAGCUGCAGCGCUUUCAGCAAACGGCGUCCGUUCUAAGCUCUACAGUGUCAGCAGCGGCCAGCAGUGCAAACAGCUGACAGCGACUGCGGCGGCGGCGGCGGCAGUACUCGUCACAACAACAACAAAACUAGCAGCGGCGCACUCGUCUGGGUGUGCGUGCGUGCGUGUGCUUGUGUGCGUGUGUUUGUGUUUUUGUGUUUAUUUUUGGAAUUAAAAAGCUAGCAGCAGAUAUUUGUGUGGCAAAACUAAAGCUAAAGCUAAAACCCAAAAUCGAAUCAAAAAAGUGUGCCGCAGCGGCAAUAAUAGACGCGCGUGGUGCCUUGAAUUUACUGUACGGCUCCACGGUGGAGAACUUUUACCUAAGAAUGGAUCCCACGCGCGGCGACUCGCGCUACAACCUAAACUACUCCAUGAGUAGCAUAGGUCUCAGUCUGGCCGAUCAGGCCGACAUGUACGGCAAUCCCGCUGUCGCUGCCCUUGGCGCACGCCCGCCCAGCGGCGGCUUGCUGCAGAGCAUGGGUGGCAGCGGUGGUGCGGGCCUGGCUAUGCAACAGCGUCAGAAUCCAGCAGCGGCGGCGCAGCAGCAGCAACAGCAACAGUGUCAAACUCUGGGCAACAGCCAAACGCACAGUCCACAACACCAGCAACAGCAGCAACAACAGCAACAGCAACAACAGCAGCAGCAGCAACAGCAACAACAACAAUCACGUGGCUUAAAGCGCAGCGGCAGCGACUGCUACGAGGACCACCGUUCUAGUGGCGGCGGCAUGACGCUGCAGGGCCUAGAGAGCUGCGCUGCUGGCAGCAUAGUCAGCGGCGGCAUCGACGUCGACGGGGUCGAUAACUACAACGCGCUGCCCAAUAAGAAAUCACCGCCCGCCAAUGGCAAGAAGACGAAGGGACGAGUUAAAAUCAAAAUGGAGUACAUCGACAACAAGCUGCGCCGCUACACGACCUUCUCCAAGCGCAAAACUGGCAUAAUGAAGAAGGCCUACGAGCUGUCAACGCUGACUGGCACCCAGGUGAUGCUGCUGGUGGCCAGCGAGACGGGUCACGUCUACACAUUUGCCACGCGCAAGCUACAGCCGAUGAUAACGUCGGAGGCGGGCAAGCAGCUGAUACAGACGUGCCUGAAUUCGCCGGAUCCGCCAAGCGUUGGCGGCGGCGAUCAGCGCAUGUCCGCGACAGGCUUCGAGGAGACAGAGCUAAGCUAUAACAUCGCCGACGAGGACACCAAAGAUGACCGUUCCCCAACAUCGUCGGGCAACGAGUCGGAUGACUCUUCGGAUGUCGAAAUGCCAUUGCCAGCCGAUGGCGAUGGUACCAAGCCAGCAACACAAGAGCUUAAGGCGGCGACAGCAGCCACAACAGCAGCAACGUCCGCUGCUUUGCCCAAAUCAAUGCCAGCCGCAUUAAUCUAUCAGACUGAGACGGGAGCCUCGACGUCGACAGCAGCAGCAGCAGCAUCAACAGCAGCAGCAGCAGCAGCAUCAGCAUCAGCAGCAGCAACAGCUCCGGAUAGCAAAUACGUUUAUCCGGCUACCUCGUUUGCCAAUAUACCGCCGGAUAUGCUGCGUCAUCUAAUACAAUCGGGGCAAUUGCAGAUUCAUGCUGAAGAAGAUGGCAAUCAAUAUGUUACCAUACCGCUGAGCUCUACAGUCGCCAGUUACAUCAAAGGCAAGUCUACGACAGGGGCUACGAGCUCUAAUCCGAAGUCUGAAAAAAGUGCCGAAAAAGCCUUAUCCAUAAAACAGGAAUAUGAUUAGCAUAGUGAUUGGCAUAAACGGAGAUUGCUUUUAUGACCACUUUUGAGUAUAUUGUAAAUCCAAAUCUAAUCAUGCGAUGCAAGACAAAACACACACAUACAUAUAUAUAUACAUAUAUU